CUCCGCUGAAGCGGUCAUUGUAGGUUGUCAGGUCACAUCAACAACCUCGGGUCUCCCAAUGGAUUCUCUUUCUCUGGAUAAUCAAGCUUGAUUAAUCAAGAUUUAUCAGCACCGUGAACGGGCGCCAUGCAGGUUGACCGACGCUGCACGAUGCGCGCUGCCCAACCCUCCUCUCCUGGUUGUCCCUUUCAAGAUCGCCCCAGAAUUAAUCUCGGAGAGUCCUCUCAACUCUUCUAAUAUGUUCAGGCUGCCACCUGAGAUUCUCAUGAACAUUUUCCAACACACCGAAACUAUCACCGACAGCAUCUGCCUGGCUGUGUCCUGCAAGGCCCUUUUAGGCAUCGCGCAGUUGUGCAACCUGCAAGUGCCGAAUCGCAAGCUCCAUCUGCCUGCCUGGAAUCCCGAGGUGCCGCUGGACCAGGCAGAUGCACCACUCUGCGAGUGUAACAAGAUCCAAGUCUUGCUCAAGAGAUUCCAGCCAAGAAAUUCCGCAGGGAUACCCAACCCGGCAUGGGGACUUUGUGAUGGUUGUCUGAGGUAUCUGCCUACGAGAAAAAGUUACUGGGCAGCACGAGCAAAGGUGAACAGCGACGAGUGGGAAAGGAGAGAGGGCAAGAAGUGGGAUAGCAUGGUUGAGGAUUUUGCAAAUGGGGUUGAGAAGGUUGAUUGUCCAUCCUGCGUUGUCGGACUGUGGGAAUUCUGGGAGUUUAAUUGGAGGAUGGCAUGAGCAGCGAUGAUGAUGACUAUGGAGAUGCUUAUGAUUGAUGAUGACUAGCUAGUAUUGUUCGUUUGACAUCGUCGGUCGUGGCUAAGCUCGAGACAUCGAUCUGCUCCUCGCUGCCAACUCCAAUAAACCGCCUUAUGACGACCGUUGCGUCAUUGCGGCCAUUGUGGCAAUUA